CCCUCGCCGUCCGCGGAGUGGAGACCACACCACACCAGCACGGAACAACCAAACCCCAAACAGAGAAGACCGGAUAGCAAUGAGCACCGGCGGCGAGGAGGCGCUGAGGCUGCAGUACGUGGUGGGCGACGAGAUCGGGCGCGGCCGCUUCGGCACCGUCCGCCGCUGCCACUCCGCCGCCACGGGGGAGGCCUUCGCCGUCAAGUCCACGGCCAAGGCGCCUCUGCUGGACCCGCUAGACCUGGCGCUCGCCGAGCAGGAGCCCAAGGUGCACCUCCUGGUCUCCUCCCCGCCGUGCAGCCGCCACGUGGUCGCGCUCCACGCCGCCUUCGAGGACGCCCACGCCGUGCACCUCGUGCUCGACCUCUGCGCGGGCGGGGACCUCCUCUCCCUCCUCUCCGCGCGCGGCGGCCGCCUCCCGGAGCGCGAGGCGGCGGGGCUCGCCGCGCAGCUGGCCGCGGCGCUCGCCGCCUGCCACCGCCGCGGGGUCGCGCACCGCGACGUCAAGCCGGACAACCUCCUCUUCGACGCGGCCGGCGCGCUGAAGCUCGCCGACUUCGGGUCCGCGGAGUGGUUCGGGGACGGGCGGGCCAUGACGGGGCUGGUGGGGACGCCCUACUACGUGGCGCCCGAGGUGGUGGCCGGGAGGGAGUACGGCGAGAAGGUGGACGUGUGGAGCGCCGGGGUGGUGCUCUACGUGAUGCUCUCCGGGACGGUGCCCUUCUACGGCGCCACGGCACCGGAGAUCUUCGAGUCCGUGCUCCGGGGCAACCUGCGCUUCCCGCCGCGCGCCUUCGCCUCCGUCUCGCCCGAGGCCAAAGACCUCAUGCGCCGCAUGCUCUGCAAGGACGUCUCCAGAAGAUUCUCCGCCGACCAAGUCCUGAGGCAUCCAUGGAUUGCGAGCCGUGGGGGGGACGCGGUGGCUGACUGAAGUCAAUCUGAGACAUGGCUGCUGCAUGCACUCCUCCAUCCAUCUGUAGAUAGAUCUUCUUCAGUUCCAGUUCAGAGACGACGACCCUUCUGCUGUCAAAUCCUGCCUUGUUUCCGGCAAAUUAGCGAUGGACAGAGUAGUAGUGGUGGCGGUGCCGGAGUUUUUGUAGGACUAGUGCUAGUUCGUUCUGUGAUCCUUUUAGGUCGACCUCUCGUGAACCUGGAGUUCUAGAAGCUUCCACCUCGAGUCUGUCGUCAUGUUAGCCUGUAGUGCUUGUACAGUCUCUCUUCAGUUCUGAAGAACAUGAGAGGGGUGGUAGAAAGACUUCGUUCAUCGUUCAGAGGAAAAUGGAACAAAAGAAUGCGAAUGUUUUUGUACAAUUCACUCAUGCUUUGUUUCCAUUUUAACUGGUCAGUAAUUCUUUGCGCUUCAAUUGCUUACAAAUUCACUCUUCA